GAGAGAGAGAGAGAGAGAGCAGAAGAAGGCACAGAGAGAAGGAAAAAGAAGGGGAGGGAGUGAGUUAUGCAAAGACGGAGGUCACUAGAUAACAGUUCUCUUCUGUCCUGGAGCAAGGAGCUGCAAGCCACAUCUGAUUCAAGGAAAACAAGUGUCAGGCAGAGAAAGAGGAGGGAAGUCACCUCUUAUCAUCAACCAUCAUCAACAUCUCCUGCAGAAGGAACUGAACAAGAAAGACCCACCACCUGCUCCUUCCACUUCACUGACCAACCCCUCUGUCUCCCAUCUCUGUCGCUAAGCCCAGGGUAUCCCCUCACUUUCCUAGAAUCUCCAGACAAUACUUGGAGUAUUAAAGUAUCUUUAUUGAGAGGAAACACUCUGUAGCCUUGUUCACCUUCACUUUACUCUCUGCAAACCCCCGUUCCAGCCUCCUCCUGUGCUGUCUGGCGGCUGCUGAUCCGGGGAGGGGACCAUGGCUUCUUCUGCCAGCGGGAUGGAGGAGGUGCGCUCCUCGGUUCUCACCCCACUCAAGCUGGUGGGACUGGUGUGCAUCUUCCUGGCCCUGUGUCUGGACAUCGGAGCCGUUCUGAGCCCAGCCUGGGUGACGGCGGACAACCAGUAUUACCUUUCCCUAUGGGAGUCCUGUCGGAAACCUGCCAACCACUGGCUGUGCGAGUCCACCCUGCAGAGCGAUUGGCAAAUUGCUACCCUUGCAUUACUCUUGGGAGGUGCUGCAAUUAUUCUCAUUGCAUUCCUGGUUGGCCUAAUCUCUAUAUGCGUGGGUUCUCGCAGGCGUUUCUACAGACCAGUGGCGGUGAUGUUAUUUGCUGCAGUUGUUCUCCAGGUCUGCGGCCUUGUGUUGUAUCCAAUCAAGUUCAUCGAAACGGUCACUUUAAAAAUAUAUCAUGAAUUUAACUGGGGUUACGGCUUGGCUUGGGGAGCAACUAUAUUUUCAUUUGGAGGUGCCAUACUUUACUGCCUGAACCCCAAAAACUAUGAGGACUACUACUAGACGCGUUGAGUGAAAGAAAGUGUAACAAAUAGGAUUACUCAACUUUUUUCUAUCUAUGUUUUCUAAAACACAACGGAAUCAUCAAAAGAAUCUGCUCAUCUGAUUUAUUCCCUUGCCUUUUGGCUGCCAAUAGUAUAACCAGCUUUACAUUCACUUACAGAAACUGUUGGAAUAUUGGAUAUAAUAAAAAAAAAUGCCAAACUGUAAAAAUGCUAAUGUCUUGUUACAUCAGUAGAAGUGACGAAGUUGCACACCCAUUGUCACAUUACAAAUUGCAUAAAAAACAAGAGUGAAUUGGAUGCUUAAAUCCUACCAGGAUACUUCUCAUACAAAACCCAAAAGGAGGAAUCUUUCCACUGCUUCAUGCUGUUAUGCUAACCACUUCCUUGGAUUGCUUUAGUUGGAUGCUGUGAUUUGAAAAUUGGAAGAAUAAAUGAUGGAUGAGGUUUGUGUCAUGUCUGGAAAAAAGAAAACAGAAACUGACUUCAGAGUUUUCAUAACAUCUGUGGUUUAUAUAGUAGCAAUCUAGAGCACAGAUACAAUUUAAUCAACAUUUGCGGGAACAUGACUCCUAUUUGUUUAGGAUAAGAGGGACAGAACAGAAAUCAAUAUAGAAAAUACAUUUACUGUUUUUAUUUGAACUCUGAUUUAGUGUUUAAAAUCUAAAAAAACUAUUUAGUUGAUUGUUAGCUUGCAAAGAACUAUUUUUGUGAAAAAAAGGUAUAUACAUUUGCUAUAGUGCGUAUCGAUAUUUCCAAUGGAAAAAGCGUAUUCUAAGUCCGAGCCUAUCCAACCAGUUCUAAGUUAUCAUCAGUCAUGACAUGCUUUAGGGAUUUAUUUGAAUAAUAUGCAGUUAAUCAACUAAUUUGAUGUGUUCUACAAAGCCUUACUUGAUUAAGUGCAUGUUACUUUAAGUAAUCCUUAAUAUUUGUUUAGCUUAGAGCCCCUGUAUGACUGAUACCCUUGUGUGCAUUCUCGUGACAAAAAUAUAUUUUGUUAGUUUACAAAUAAUUUCCUUGAAAGGGCACAAGACAUUAUGUGACAGUAUAUUGCACCCACCGUACAUAUAUUAAAUUACUUGUGUAAAUUGGAUUAGCCGUAUUAGUCCCGUAGACAAGAUGCCAAAAUACCAGAGUAUACCAGCUACAUGACUUAAAAAAAAAAUAUAAUAUGAUUCAUUACAAUCAGCAGAUAAGACAAAUGCAAUAGCCAGUGUCAAGAUUAUCUCUGACACUAUGACACUAACAAAUUUGGAAACUAUUCAGUUUUUACCAACACCAAUUUUAACUUGUGUGAACUGUGUUUACUUUGGUGUUUUGUGUGCCAGUUUUCUGUGGCAUUGCCCAGUUAAAACAUUCUAUGCCAUCAUCACAUUUUGAUCAUGAAGACAUGUUUUUUUUUUCUGGACAUCAUUCCUGUCACUACAGAAGUGAGAGAUUCCAUAUGGAAUUGGAUCUUCCAAGAUAAAGGGCUGGAUUACUUUAGAAGAGUAAGGAUAUAUGUUGCUUUCUAAAUUCUUCUAUUGAAGACUAUAGGAAAUUAAGUAAGCAGAAUAAGCUUUGCUUGCUAUGGGAAUUCAGCCCUAGAUUGUUAGGUGACAUGGACCAUCAUUAGUUAAGAGGUUAAGCACCUUAAGAAAUUGGAUACAGCUUGUGGUUGCCAAGUUUGUACAUAAGAAUAACUGUCUGAAAAUAUUCUACCAUUAAAUCUUAAUCAUAUGAUAUUUAGAAUUAUAUCAACAAGGAAAUCAAAGUUUUCAUGUAUCUGAAUAAAAAGCUAUGUGAUCUUAUACAUAGAA